GCCGUCAGCGUCAUCAUCGCUGCAGGAAUGGCUGUUGUGGGUGGAUCACUGUUGCUGUAACCGACGGCUUAUGUUGUUGGAAUAUGAACUUUUUCCGAGACGUUGUCAGUUGUUAUAUCAACAUCCUUCAUCUCUAGACUACUCGAUGAGAUUAGGACAUCGCAUAUCUUGUUGCACGCUUCCUUCCCACUGUCGUCGCGAGUCGCGUCUUUCUCCCCCCCUGUCUUCAACAUCUACCUUCUAUUCCGUCACACACUUUUGUCUUAUUUUCUCUACUGUCUCCCUCUCUCUAUCUCCAUCACUUAUACUUCCACUAGUUUUGGUUUUGAGACCCGUCAUGGACAAUUCCAAGAACUUACAGGUUAGGAUUCAGAAUGCUAAUACAAUGUCGAACUCAUGCCCAGCUCUUGCUUGUUUUUCCCCACGUACCUGAAAUAUGUUCAUAGACAUCAUUCAUCCACCCCUAUUCUGGCAAUAGGAAUAUAUGCUUUCUAUCUGGUGUAAGCAUCGACGAAGGGCAUGUCUUCCGAUUCGAACUUGAAACACUGGUACCGUGGAGUGGUGGGACAGCUGCGGUAACAACGCCAAGGCGGAGCUUCAGCUUCAACGGCGAAUAACCUGCACAGAGAUAA